GACGGACGGUCCCUGAAGUAGCUUUUGGUUGGUCUGACGUCAUUGUGUUGACAUGCUAACCAGGAAGUGUGCCAAUGAAUUCCCUUUAAAUUUAUUUGACAUUACAGGUGGUUAAAGGACAAUGUCAUGGUUCAGAAAACUGUAAGUGAAACAUGGAAUUAUAUCUUUUCCGCUCUCUCCUCUUCGUCGCGCUGACGGUUUGGACAUUAGGAGACGAUGGCCAGGUGACUUUUGUGUCUCAGCUGUCGUCUAAACCUGCUCAGAAACUGUCCAGAUACGGCUGGUACGGCAGUGUGCGGCUACAGAGGUUUCACAUCGCGGAGGAGACUGCAGUGGCUCGCUGGCGCUUCUCUGCUACCAGAGGCCAGAGGUUCAGCUGUGGACAACACAAUGUCACCAUUUAUAUUCGAUGGGGUGCUCCCCCAGUUAUAAACCCAGAAAAUUCAGCCUUUCCAAACUCAACGCUGUGGAGUCGUUGUAGCUCUUUGAAACUGCAGGUGACGUCCCAUGGUUCCUUGACCUUCAACCUCUCCAACCCGGCACCCGGGGAUUGGUAUGUUGCUGCCCAUUUGCCUGAAGAUGAUGGUCGCAUAGAGCAGAAGGGCUUUCCCUCUUGCACCUACCUUUUCCAGCCCCAGCUGUCAAUCAGGAGAUCUGUGGACACACCCAUUUUAUACCAGGCUGCAUUCCUUCAACAAACCGCAGCCCCCAACAGACCUGCACGCCUUAAGUUGUAUGUUCCAGAGUUUGCCUCUUCUGUCACCAUUUCUGUGGCUGAUUGUUCAUCAGCAGAGGGCCCAGGUAGUACAAACUGUUCACUAGCCAUCAGACUUGGCUCCGCUUCUCUGCUUGAAGGCCCAGUAACAGUGAACUGCUCAGGGAUUGGCUGCUCUGCAACCCUUUUCACCCCUCCUUGGAACACCUGGUUACGAGUUGUUGUGGAGAGCCGCCAUGACAACCAUUCUGUGACCUUUAGGAUUGUAUCAAAUUACACGGUUGGCUGCAAGCCUCCAAGUGUAGGCCUUACGGGAGAUGACUUCAGCAAACUCCAAGGCAACAGCACCAAUGCUAAUGGCACACUGGCAACCAACAGCUCAGCAGUUACUGAGACAGUUGCAUUUAGCAACACAUCGUUGUUAGCAUCGUUGUUAUCACCCUUGUUGGCAUCAAGGUGUGUGUGGAGCAUCCCCGUGCUCUUUGAUGAGCUUGAUGUCUUAUCACUGCGAUACACACCCAUCAAUGGACCAAAUGUCAGCGUUACAAACACUCAUCCAACACUGCUCAGCUACCCACUGCCCACUCAAGCCACUGGUGGCACCCUCAACUUACAGCUCACGCUCAACACUACUAAUGCAACACUGGGAAACAGCAGCACCGUGGUGGCCUGUCUCACUCCAUGGGCUCCAGCCCUUGGACUCAACCACUCUCAGCCCUGUCACACAGCUUUGUUUGGAGGAUAUGGUGUCCAUGUGAAUGCCAGUGUUCCUAAGGCUGUAAUCAGACUGCCUUUCCCUCAGUCAGCAACAUGGUACCUCACCCUGCAGCUUGCAUGUAAUGGCAGUGACUGUGGUAAUGCAUCCGUGGUUUCUGUGGUCCCAGAGGUUUUUGUCAGUGCCUGUGUUGAUGACUGCGGGACAUACGGUGAAUGUAGACUCCUGAGAGCCUACAGGUACCUGUAUGCUGCCUGUGUCUGCAAAGCCGGUUGGAGUGGGUGGGGUUGCACUGAUGAUUCCACCGCACAGUCAUAUCACCACCAGGUGAUGGCAACUCUGCUGCUCACGCUCAGUAACCUUCUUUUUCUGCCCCCUAUUGUGGUGGCCAUCAAACGCAAUUACAUCACCGAAGCAUCCGUCUACCUCUUCACAAUGUUCUUCUCCACGUUCUACCAUGCAUGUGAUCAGCCCGGUGUGGCAGUAUUAUGUAUAAUGGACUAUGACACUCUGCAGUACUGUGACUUCAUUGGGUCAGUCUCCUCCAUUUGGGUCACUAUCCUCUGUAUGGCUCGUGUCAAGGAGACCUUCAAAUAUACUCUGUUUAUGCUUGGGGCUCUGCUGAUAGCCAUGUCACUGCAGCUGGACCGCAGAGGUCUGUGGAACAUGCUGGGCCCCGUCCUCUGUGGGAUACUGAUCAUGGUCACAGCAUGGGUGUUUCGAGGUAUACGGCGGCGACAUUGUUACCCGCCUUCCUGGCAGCGCUGGGUCUUCUUCCUGGUCCCAGGUAUAGCCUGUGCUCUGAUCGGGGUAUGUGUAUAUAUUUUUGCUGAGACAGAGGACAACUAUUACUACACACAUUCGCUGUGGCACAUUCUGGUGGCGAGCAGCGUGGUGUUCCUCCUUCCACCAAAAGAGAGGGACACAGAGUCGUGCGGGUGGAUCAGAGGCUGGAGGUGGAGACCCCGGGUUUGUGGAUACACACUGUGUGACAACAAGAAAGAAGAACUCUAUGCUGUCACAUAGUGGGAAGUGCACACGAUAAAGGACUGACACACAAACACACACCCUCCCCCUGCAGUAUGCUUCACAAACGCGUGUUGUCACUGUAGUUUUCUUUCCUGUCCAUUUCCACAUUUGUUACUGCUAUGGUGGCAGUGUAUUUGUGUAGUUAUUCUGUGGAUUGCUAAUACAUGGAUUCUGAGUGAUUUAUUAAAGUACUCACUGCUGCAGACACACUCAGAAGUGAGGCUUGUGAAGUGCUGCAGCACAGCGUGUGUAAACAUUUUGUUUUGCAAAAUUAUAAACCCAUAUGAGGUCUGAGACUCUCACUAGUUCUGUGUUCACACUUUUAGCAGAAACGCAUUUAAAGGGUCAUAUUAUGCCAAAUGGAUUUGUAACUGCAUUCUACAGUUACGCAGGGUGAGGAUUUCAUGUUACACAUCCAUAAACAAACACUGUUGUACAACAGUACACAUCUAACCUGCUGGAAGAAAGAUUUGUACCAGACAUAGUUCAUUUGUGUGUUUCUUUUUUGUUUGUUUGUUUUGUUUUGUUUUUUAACAUACCUUUGUGUCUGGGUAUUUAUGUGGGUAUUUAAUUUCUGAUUUUAAGACUCCAGGGACCUCAUUUAUAAAACUCUGUGUAUAAUCAUGACUAAAUCUAAAUAACUGAAAAAGAGAUGAUUUGUAUUAACUAUAUUUCUUACAUUUAGUUUGUUAUGGGCUCUGAAAAUAAAGACACUGUCAAAAAAAAGUUACAAAGCCAUGGUUCUACUUUAAAAAUCUUGGAAGUGCAUGUAUGUCCAAGUGCCUGUUGUCUGUGCUCAUCUCUAGCCAUGAAUGGACAUAGACCCACUCUUAUACAAUCAUGGUCUGUGUCUGUGACUCCAAAGACACACCUGGGUUCAUGGAAUACAUGGAA